GCAGUGGUUCAUCCAUGCUGUUCGACUGAAGAUGUGAAACAGAAAUUUAAAAAAGAAACGGGAUUUUUUUUUCUGCUUUAAACAUCAGCAGAUUUUGUUUUUAUAAUUUCAGAGCAGGCAUGGCCACUCCAGGGAAGCCACUUAAAAAGGAAAUCAAAAGGCAUAUUCCAGCCAAGACCUCCUUCACCUCACCCCUCACCCCAACAUGGAUGCCACUCCCCCAACAAGACAUGUAUUUCAUCCUGAAAACCCUGAAGGACAAGCUCAUCUCCAUAGGGCUUGAGAAGAAAGAGAUGAAAGUGCAUCGCCCACGGAGGACAAAGAAAGACCAGAAAGCUGCGGCCGCCUCAUCAGAACCUGUUCCCCAGGUGCAGGAUACUCCCAAAAACGGCUGGACAGAUGUGGCUGCCAGACGACAGCUGGCCAUUGGCAUCAACGAGGUCACGAAGGCUCUGGAGAGAAAUGAGCUCAAACUGGUGCUGGUGUGUAGGUCUGUCAAACCGAGGCACAUGACGCAUCACCUGAUAGCACUUAGUGCAACAAGAGGCGUGCCGGCCUGCCAGGUGCCUCGUCUGAGCGAGAGCGUGUCCGAACCGCUGGGGCUGAAAAGUGUCCUCGCACUGGGAUUCAGACAGUGCGCCUCCAAGGACGAGGAGGUCUUCACUGACACUGUUGAUGCCAUUAAACCCAGAGUGCCCUCACUGCAUGUUGCAUGGCUCCCAGGUGCAGCAGCCACUGAGGACCCUGCUGACAUGGAGGAGGAGGGGGAGGAAGAGGCUGGAGAGAAGAGAGGCCAGAAAAGGAAACUGGAGAGUGAAUCUGAGGAGAUCUCAGAGUCUCCCUCCUGCACUCUGCAGCCUCUCAAAGUGAAGAAAAUAGUUGCUAACCCUGAAAAGAAAAGAAAAAAGAAGGUUAAGACGUAGCCUGUGAAAUGAAAGAGAAACUCUGCCAAGAUGUUUAAAGAACUGUUUCUGUGUUUUUAUGUUUUAGCUCAGUGGGUCCCAACAUUCUGGCUUGUGACCACAUAUGAGACUGAUUCUUCCUUUUCAGAUUAAAGAAUUAUACAGGCCUGAAGAGGUAAAAACAUUUUUCUUUUCUUUUUUUGUACAAUUAAUCAUCUUAUGGCACUUCAGAUCAAUCUGGGGAGCUCUUCUGACCUCCAUGUUGGGAUUCUCUGACUCUUAACAUGUAGGAGGAUGAUCUGCAGUUUGCAUUUAUUAACCACUUAGUUAAAGUUUGUAAGGACCAUGGCACGAUCCUUUAAAUUGAGUUUAUUUAUAUAAAAAUUUAAUUUACUUGAACAGAACCAGACAUAACAUGAGACAUUUAAACUUUUGUUUCUGAAUUAAACCUACUGACAACAUAAGUGUGUGAGAUGAAGGGAUAUUAGGGAAAUAUUUUUUAUUACUUUUAGUAAAUAUGACAAAAGAAGAAACUCAUAGAAACAGGCAUUUCUGAUCCUAGCUAUGUUGUUUUUUGGUCAGAGUUUGUAAUGAACACCACAUAAAAAGAAGUGCAUCACUCAUGUUCCUUUUUAAAGUGAGUUUAUUCAAUCAAACAUCCAUGCUGGUAUAGCUGACGUGUGUAUUGAAACAGAUUGUUAUUUGCAUGGGGUCAUGUCUAAAUGAUGCUGGUACAAGUUCUUCAGCUUUUUCACAGCUUACAAUGGAUCUGAAUAAAAAUAUUGUUCUUCAGUUAGAGAAAGCUGUAUGUCAUUUCAAAAGUACACCCCCUUCACCCCAUCCCAAAAUCUUAAAAAAAAAAAAUCUUUUAAAUAAGGCAGGUACUUCGGGUUGAGUUCUCACUAAAGGGUGUAGCUAGUAACAUCAACGCUAAAAUCAACACGGCAGCAAAACUGACAUGCUCAAUGUUCAUUCAAACAGCUGCAGGCAACACAUCGUGACAACAUCCAUGAGGCACACUGUUGACUCAGUAACCGAUUUUCAGUGUUGAAGUAAUUCUGGUAACUUCUCAUUCAACCUUUCAAUGGUAAAAAAAAAAAAAACUCUUUGAACCCUGAAGCACUGACUGUCCAUUGGUUGCUCUCUUCUUGCUAAUCUAUAAAGAGAUGAGAAGAAAAUUACAUCACAUACAGAAAAAUCAACGACAAAAAUGGCAGCAGCCUUUACCUCUUAAGUUAUGCAGAGCCACGUGAACAGGAACAUCGAACAUAAAGUAACAAACUCAGAGCAAAGAGACCGUUUAAAAAUAUUUUUAACCUUCUGAGUAAACCACCACGGAAUAAGUGGCCUGACAGCAGUUUUUCCAGCACAGGAAACUGUCAUAUACUCCAAACCCUCAAAAAUCUGUUUUGAAGCCUAUUUAAUUGGAAAUUUUAGGGAAAUAGUGGAAAGAAAAAGGAUAAGAAUUAUGUCUUAAGACAUUUUGCAAAGUACAAUUAUAAAUAUCAGAACAGUUUCACGCAUUUAGCUGCACAACACACUAAAAAAAAUAACCUACAGUAUAUUUUUCAGACACACAAAAUACAGUACCAUUACAAAAAACAAAAUCGAGAGAAGUCAAUAAAAACGGACCUGGAAAAACAGGAAAAGCUCACAUUUCAAACUGAUGCGGUUACUGAUACAGGCUUUUGUUGAUUCAGCCACUGAACUCCGACUGCAUGCUGUUGUAAAUUACUCCUUAAGACCCUUUGAGUGUUGUGCUCAAUUCAAUUGGUUUUAUUUAACUGAGAGUCUGAUUAAGAACACAUUUAACAUCCUACAGCAGGUGAGUGGACGGGUGGUUACCCAUACAUAUGUUCAUAAAUGCUUACAACCACAGUGUUGUACUUCUGCAGUUUUACAGAGACAGCUUAUUUUCUGCUUUGCAACAGGGUACAUAAAGUAGUAAGUGAUAAUUUUUCUGCAAGUGAUCUGAGUGGCAAUGACUAAAUAAAAGAAAAAAAAAACCCAAAACUAACCUUGGC